AACGGCCACUCUGGAAUCAACAUCCGACUCGGGGCUGUCAGCCAGCCCCACCCACUCGCCGCCGACUCGGCAUUUUCAGUAAAGGGGGAACUUUCACGGUUGAUAAAAGGCGCUGCUUCUACUGCACACCAUCAUCUUGCCGCUAUGUCGCUUCCUGCCACUCAGAAGCAGUACGUCUUCCCCGAUUUCAACGGCUUCCGCAACCUCACCUUGCGGGAUGCCCCCGUCGUCGCCCCGGAGCGCGACGAAGUUCUCGUUCGGGUGCAUGCUGUGUCCUUGAAUUAUCGCGACAUCCUGGUCUCCAACGGCACAUACCCUCGCCCUGUCAAAGGUACCCCCUUGGUACCCUGCGCCGACAUGGCAGGCGAAGUCGUUGCUGUCGGGCCUGACGCGGGCAGCUGGAAGGCAGGCGACCGAGUCAUCGCGUCCCCGACCCCUUCUUUCACAGCCGGCACAUUCCGCGAUGCGGCUCCCGUACCCGACUACGGCGCGGCGCAGGAGGGAGUGUUGACCGAGUAUAAGAUUGCUCCGGCACAUUCUUUGGUUGCCAUCCCGGAACACUUGUCCUACGAGGAGGCCUCUACGCUGCCGGCCGCGCCGCUCACGUCGUACAACGCCCUCUUCAGCGGCCUAGAGCCCCUCAAGCCGGGCGACUUCGUCUUGACCUUGGGAACGGGCGGCGUAUCAAUCUCUGCGGCACAACUCGCGCUCGCAGCCGGCGCCAAAGUUAUCCUUACUUCCUCUUCCAAGAAGAAGUUGGAGAUCGCCAGACAGCUGGGGGUGCAAUAUACGAUCAACUACAAGGAGACGCCUGAGUGGCACGAAGAGGUGCUCAGGAUUACUGGUGGGCGUGGUGUUGACCAUGUUAUCGAGGUCGGCGGCAUGGGCACAUUGCUCUCGUCCAUCAAGUCGUCCGCCAUCGGCGCGAAGAUCCACCUGAUUGGAUUCUUGGCCGAGGGCCAGCUAAGCUCGGAGGUCCUCUUCGAGACUAUCGUGAAGACUUUGACCCUCAGGGGCAUCCUUAUCGGGUCCAUCGCUCAACUGCGUGAGAUGAUGCGCAUCGUCGAUUCGGCGAAGAUCAAGCCGGUUGUCGACAAGGUUUUCACCUUUGACAAGGCGAUGGAGGCUUUCGAGCAUCUGGAGAAGCACCUGUUCAUGGGCAAGGUCGUUGUGCGGGUCUCCUAAUUCGUAGCGACCACUGAGUGGGACAAUAGUCCCUGCUGUAAGAAAUCUGUACGAUACAACCUUGCAUUUGACUUCAGUUUCGUCUCGUGGCCCUCAGGCUUGUGUUCCCCAGCCGAGAUUAACUGGUGCGCUUUACACAGUGAAUUCCGCGGUUAGAUCCAUACAGUCAUGAUAUAGUCCGUUUACAAGCCCUUUGAGUGACCGCCCUUGGCAUAGAACUCCUCCAUCCGCUUCACGAUCGCGUCGAGCGCGGCGAGCCACUUGUCGAGUUCGGCGUCGACCUUCUCCUGAGAUGCCGGCUCGCCACCCUCGGGGUCCGCAGCAAGCUUCGCGUAGAAGUCCUUGCGGUACGGGCAAGCCUUCAUCGCCACCUAGAUCA